AUGCUCUCUGCAUUCACCGCCCGGCCCAUCGUCGAGCUCAAACAGCGCGACAAGUCCAAGAUCGAGUCGAUCCUCGCAUACGGCGAUCGUGUACUUGUCGGGCUCAACACGGGCUCCCUGCGCAUAUACCGCGUCAACGACCAGCCCGAAGACGACGACGUCGAGCACCAGCAGAAUGGCGACCAGAACGGCGACGCGCAGCAGCCACCCACGCCCAAGCCCAAGUCCGCAGACCUGCUCCGCGAAGAAGAGAAGUUCUCGCGCCGACCGAUCCAGCAGCUCGCCAUCAUCAAGGAGGCAAACAUACUUGUCUCGCUGUCGGACAACUAUGUCUCGAUCCACGACAUCCAGACGUACACACUGCAGGAGAAGCUGGAGAAGACCAAAGGCGCCACCACAUUCGCUGCGGCCAGCAACAUUAUAAAGGACCCGUCGACGGGCAUUCCGUCUAUUGUGAGCCAUCUGGCUGUGGCGGUGAAGCGCAAGAUCAUACUGUGGACAUGGCAGGACAUGGAGCUGACGGGCGACGCGGUCGAGAUGUCGCUCAUCGCCUCGGUCAAGAGCUUGACAUGGGCAACGGGCACAAAGAUUGUCGCGGGCAUGGACCCGGGCUUUGUCAUGGUUAAUAUCGAAACACAGGAAGUCCAAGACAUUAUCAAGCCAGGUGCGCUCGCAGAGAAUGCAAGUCAGGGCGGUGUGCGCUUUGGCGCCGUGUCAUCCUCUGGCAUGGGAUACAUGGGCAUGGGCAGCUGGGUGCCGAGGCCUCUUGCGACACGGCUUGGAGAGGGCGAAAUGCUGCUGGCCAAGGAUGUCAACAGCUUGUUCAUCGAUACGGACGGCAACGCCCUGGACAAGCGCCAGGUACCCUGGCAAUCUGCCCCCGAAACCAUUGCUUAUUCCUAUCCGUACAUGCUCACGCUGCAGUCGCCUUCAAAGGGCAGCCUGGAAAUCAGGAACCCGGAUACGCUUAGCUUGCUGCAGCUCAUCUCCCUGCCGAAUGUCAAUUUCCUCCAUGUGCCUCAGCCCAACAUUAGUCUAGCCCAUGCUGGAAAAGGCUUCCUGGUCGCCAGCGAUCGCUGUAUAUGGCGGAUGGGAGCGCAGAGCUACGAGACGCAGAUUGAUGAGCUGGUGGCCAACGGGCGGUACGACGAGGCCUUGAGCCUGCUCAACAUGCUGGAAGACACACUGCUUCUGGACAAAGAGGGACGGAUACGAGAGAUCCAGAUACUCAAGGCCCAAGCACUGUUUGAAAUCAAAAAGUACCGUGAGGCCAUGGAACUCUUCAUCGAUGCAAAGGCACCGCCCGAGCGGGUCAUUGCCUUGUAUCCGCGGUCUAUCGCUGGGAACUUGGCGCCCGAGGAGAGUGUCAAGGGCGACGGAAGCGUUACAGACGAGGAAGAAACGAAUGGAGAGAAGAGCGCCAAGGAAUCUGGUGAAAGCACGCCUCCUCCUGCAUCGGCGAUUGGCCGAACCAUGAUGGGGCGGUUUGGUGUGGGCGGACAUAAGAAGAUUGACUCUGACGCUGCCUCUAUCCGCACCACUGCUGUCAAGGACGACGCCGCGGAGACAGCGAGCAUUAGGAAGAAAGCACCCGAGGCACCGCAGCCUGACAAGGCCGUCUCGGAGAAGGAGUUCAAAGAGUCUGUUCGUGCUCUGCAGUCGUUCCUUACGCAAUGCCGCGUGCAGAUUAAACGCUACAUCGACACGGAGGGUAAUCUUAGGGAGCCCCUGCCGACGCCGAGUGGCAGCCAGCUGGAAGCGGAAAAGCCGCCUUUCCACUUUUUUAUUGAAGAAGAUGCGCUGCAGGGCCCGGUAGACUGGAAAGCCAAGCUGCUUGAAGUAGCCCAGCUAGUCGACACGACGCUCUUCCGCGCCUACAUGAUUGCAAACCCCAGCGUAGCAGGCUCGCUCUUCCGCCUCCCCAACUUUUGCGAGCCAGACGUGGUCCAAGAAAAGCUGUACGAGACGGGCCGUUACGCCGACCUAAUCGACUUCUUGCACGGCAAGAAGCUGCACAGACAAGCACUGGAAUUGCUGGAAAAAUUCGGCAAGAAUGAGGCGGAUGAAGAGGUCUCGCCCGCACUGCAGGGCCCACAGCGUACCGUCGGCUAUCUGCAGGCACUGCCCCCGGAGCUGAUUGAUCUGAUCCUCGAGUAUGCCGAGUGGCCGCUGCGCGUCAACCCAGACCUGGGCAUGGAGGUUUUCCUGGCCGACACGGAAAACGCAGAGACGCUGCCGAGAGACCGGGUGCUCGAGUUUCUGCAGAAGAUCGACCUCAAGCUGGCCGUCAGGUACCUGGAGCAUAUCAUCGAGGAGCUCAACGACCUCAAUGUCGAUUUCCAUCAGCGGCUCGUGGAUUUGCUGCUGGAACGGCUGAAGAGUGGAGACUUUGCGGGCGAUGAGGAAAAGGCGGACUGGAGAGAGAGGCUGCAGUCGUUCUUGAAGAAGAAUAAUGCACAGUACAACCGGUAUCGCGUGUUUCAGCAGCUGCCGGCAAAUGAUCCAGAUUACUACGAGGCACGGGCGAUUGUGUUGAGUAAGAUGGGAUCACACAAGCAAGCACUGGCAAUCUAUGUGUUCCAGCUGAAAGACUACAGGAAAGCAGAGGAAUACUGCAACCAGGUCUACACAGCGCCACCAGCGUCUUCUUCGCCCAACCGGCCUUCGCAGCCUGCGACCAACAACAUCCAAGGCACCAUUGAGGACACGGAGCUCUCCAUCUACCAUGUUCUUCUAUCCCUGUAUCUUUCGCCGCCGCCUCCGCAUGCGCCAAACUGGCCUCCAGCCCUCGAGCUCCUAUCCAAGCACGGGGCGCGACUGCCGGCAGCCACAACGCUGGACCUGAUACCGCCGACGCUGCCGGUCAAGGAUCUAGAGUCGUAUUUCUUUGGGCGGAUCCGCAAUGCCAACUCGCUGCUCAACGAAGAGCGCAUUGUUUCGCGGCUGCGGGGCGUAGAGAAGGUGGCCGUGGAAGCAGCCAUGCUACUCGGGACUGACAACAAGGUGGACCAGCACGGAAGGAGGGUGCCAGGCGGACUGAACCGGAGGGUGGUGAUUGACGAGGACAGGCACUGUGCCGUGUGUCACAAGCGGUUCGGGGGGAGUGCGAUCCGCGUGUUUCCCGACAACAGCGUGGUGCAUAGCGGGUGCAUGAGGGGCGGCGUGGGGCGGAGAGCGCCUGGGACGUCGGAAUGGCGGUGAUGGUGACGGUGAUGGUGGACGAGUCAUGGCAGCGGUAGUUUUUGCGCAGAUACCCGUUUGACGGAAUAGGAAUAAAAUGUCGUGUGGGCACACUCAGUCGUCGUCAACCACCUCCUCGCCAUACGUUGCCUCGGCGGCUGCAUCGUCGGCGGCCUUGUCGUCGGCCAUUUUCUGCGUCAGGAAGUCGUUGAUGUCCUUUUGCAUGUGCUUGAGCGACGCGGCGAGCUCGCCCAGGUAGGCGACGCGGUCGGGCGUCGAUGGCGGGGAAGAGGCGAGGGCUGGGAGGGCGGCGGUGAAUGUGUGCGAC